CCCGCAGCCGCCGGCCCAGCCCAGCCCAGCGCGGCCCCGCGGGGCCCCGAUGAUGCCGGGCGCGCGGGCGGCGGAGGAGCAGCAGCAGCAGCAGCAGCGCCCGAACGUGCGGCGGCCGCUGCCGCCCCAGUGACGGCCCCGCCAUGUCGGUGAUGGUGGCGAGGAAGAAGGUGGUUCGGAAAUGGGAGAAGCUGCCGGGCAGGAACACCUUCUGCUGCGACGGCCGCAUCAUGAUGGCCCGGCAGAAGGGCAUCUUCUACCUGACACUCUUCCUCAUCCUCGGCACCUGCGCCCUCUUCUUCGCCUUCGAGUGCCGGUACCUGGCUGUCCAGCUGUCCCCAGCCAUCCCCGUGUUUGCAGCAGUUCUCUUCCUGUUCGCCAUGGCCACACUGCUGCGGACGAGCUUCAGCGACCCCGGCGUGAUCCCCAGGGCCCUGCCCGACGAGGCAGCCUUCAUUGAGAUGGAGAUUGAGGCCACCAACGGGACCGUGCCGCAGGGCCAGCGCCCGCCCCCGCGCAUCAAGAACUUCCAGAUCAACAACCAGAUCGUGAAGCUCAAGUACUGCUACACGUGUAAGAUCUUCCGGCCGCCCCGCGCCUCGCACUGCAGCAUCUGCGACAACUGCGUGGAGCGCUUCGACCAUCACUGUCCCUGGGUGGGCAACUGCGUGGGGAAGAGGAACUACCGCUACUUCUACCUCUUCAUCCUCUCGCUCUCCCUCCUCACCAUCUACAUCUUCACCUUCAACAUCGUCUACGUAGCACUGAAAUCUCUGAAGAUUGGGUUUCUGAACACGUUGAAGGAAACCCCAGGGACUGUACUGGAGGUGCUCAUCUGUUUCUUCACGCUGUGGUCGGUGGUGGGGCUAACUGGGUUCCACACCUUCCUGGUGGCACUGAAUCAGACAACCAACGAAGACAUUAAGGGGUCCUGGACUGGGAAGAACCGCGUGCAGAAUCCCUACAGCCAUGGUAACAUAGUGAAGAACUGCUGUGAAGUGCUCUGCGGGCCCCUGCCCCCCAGUGUCCUGGACAGACGGGGCAUCCUGCAGCAGGAGGAGAGCACAGCUCAGGAGGGGUCGUGCCCACGGGGACCAGGCACACAGGAGCCCCCGGCCACGCAGGGCCCUGGGCAGGCCCAGGAGGGUGGCAUGAAGCAGCAGGACGGCAGCAUUCCUCCCCCCAGUGCCGUCCCUGCACCAUCCAGUGACACCGAGAUGCCGGAGGAGAAGCAGCGAACGCCUGGGGAGCUGGCGGUGCCCUGCGCGGACGCUGGGCGAGCGGAGCACUAGCAUCUGCUUGGAAGGGAGAACUUUGUUGUUUUGUCUAAUCGAAGCUGGAAGUGGUGGAGGAGAGGAGAAGGGCUGGAUGGCAGGCACCUGAUUCCCCAUGGCCA